AUGGAAUCUAUACACGAAGUAGGUUCAGGUAUUCGAGACCGUUUGGCAGCGUUCAUAGAAAGACUUCGUGAACAAGAAACUCAGCGAAGGCUCAUUCUAGCUAUCGUAUGUAUAGCUCUUCUUUUGGACAGUAUGCUUUACGUUGUUAUUGUUCCGAUUAUUCCCGACUAUCUACGUAGUGAAUGGGACGGCAAGGGAAAUGAUGAAUCGGGCGAAACGUCCAAUGGUACCUCCGACGAUAAUAGCGGUGCAAAAAUUGGAUUCCUAUUUGCAUCAAAAGCAAUAAUUCAAUUAAUUGUUAACCCAUUUGCUGGAACUCUCAUCGACAGAGUCGGAUACGAUAUUCCUAUGAUAAUAGGUCUGCUUGUUAUGUUUCUUGCAACAUUGGUUUAUGCAUUUGGAAAAACAUACGGUAUAUUGUUUUUUGCUCGAAGCCUCCAAGGAAUUGGCUCAGCCUUCGCGUAUUCAUCUGGGCUAGCUAUGAUCGCGGACAGAUAUCAAAAAGAGGAAGAGCGUAGUAAAGCAAUGGGAAUCGCUCUAGCUUUUAUGUCAUUUGGAUACCUUGUUGCCCCGCCGUUUGGGGGUAUAUUCUAUGAAUUUACAGGCAAAAAAGCACCUUUCAUUAUUCUGGCGUUUGUUGCUCUCUUCAACGCUACACUGUUGUUAACUAUCACAAACCCUUCUGCUACGAACCGUCACUGGACUAAGGAAAAAGGAACACCGAUAUACAAGCUAAUUCUAGAUCCAUAUAUCCUUGUAGCCGCGGGGGCACUUUCAAUGAGCUAUGUCCCACUGGCUUCUUUGGAACCCACUAUAGCCCUCUGGAUGGAAGAUACAAUGCAUGCAUCAAGUUGGCAAAGCGGAAUAAUAUGGUUGCCUGCAUUUAUACCUCACGUAAUUGGCGUUGUGAUCAUUGUCAAGUUAACCCAGUCGAGACCAGAGUACCAAUGGUUAUACGCUGCCAUGGGCCUGGUUGUUAUCGGCAUAUUUAUUGUGAUUGUACCCUUCUGUAAGACUGUUGGAGUUCUCAUCAUACCCCUAUGCGGCAUAUGCUUUGGGAUAGCGUUAGUCGAUACCGCAGUACUACCUACGCUCGCGUUCCUCGUCGACGUACGCCACGUAUCAGUUUACGGUAGCGUUUACGCUUUGGCUGAUAUUUCCUACUGCAUUGCCUAUUUCCUAGGACCUAUUUUAGCUGGACAGAUUGCAGCUGGAGCAGGGUUUCUCACUAUGAAUAUAUGCUUAGCUUUGGCUAGUUUCCUUUAUGCGCCAGUUUUAUUUACCCUCCGUAAGGUCCAUUACAUGGAGCCGGCAAACCAGGAGGUAACGGUACUACUUAAUGAAGACCCGCUAGGAAACCAAUACCGAGCAACUGAUUCAGACUUUAGUACUAACAUCAAAAUUCAAUCGCAAGGGGCUUCACUUGCCUCGCAGCCAAAUGGCUACCCUCCAAAUAAACAGAAUGGAAACACCACUUUUGAUGGGAAUGUACAGCAAGCGCCACCAACGCAUAUAGAAAAUGAAAAUUUUCACCAUAGACGUAUUUCAAGAAGUGGAGAAAAUGGAUCUGAUCAAGAAUAG